UUCCUGCCAAAGUUAUCUUCAGUGAGAGCCAUGUCUUUGUAGCCAGACUUGGAGCGGAGUGAAGUUUCCCCCAGCGCAUCCUGGCAUCUGUGCUGGGUUUAUGAUUUCAAGUGACAGACAAGGAAAUGCUUGCUCUUGGUCAGUGACGGCGGUUGAAUUUCCCUUCCUUUCCUGGUCACCCAGUUGGAAAAGCUCAUCUGGCGUCAGGGAAGAUAGUUGGUGUAAUUUUCCUGCCAAGGUAUCUUUGCUUAGACCUGAGCAGAAGACAGAAGGCGGGCCCCAGAGGUCUGACGAUCUUCCCCUUCCCUCAGCCAUCUCCAGUGUAACUUCCAGACUGCCCCUUCAGAGUCUCAGUCCUUGGGAACAUGGGCUUGUGAUCCUUCUGUCUCUGUGGUCUGUAACCCUGGGUCAGUCUUCAGGCUAAGUCUUCCCGCCUGGGCCAGGCGAAGAAUCUAGGACUUUGCCUCUACUUACUUGUCAGGGAGUUAGCAUGGCAGGUUGAUUUCAGAUACGUUUCAGUGAUGCCUGAGAGACAGAGCGGCCGUUCCUCCAUAAACAGACCCAGGCCGGAAUGUAACAGAACGCAGCUCGGGUUCUCGGAUGCCAGCGGCUCUUCCAAGCACUUUUCCUCCUGGAACUAGCCUGAGGCUGAGCAGCCAAACCACGUGUCUCCUCUCCAGCUGAACAUGGCUUUUCUGAAGUUGAGGCUGGUGUACGCGUGCCUUUUGGUGGUGGGCGCGCUCUGUGUGUAUUUCAGCAUGACUCCAUUUCCAGAGGAGCCGUUCAUCUUCAAGAAGAAACACGGGAAGUUCCUUCAGCUGCCGGCCAUCGACUGCAGCCGCAAUCCCCCGUUCCUGGUCCUGUUGGUCACCUCCUCGCACCGGCAGGUGGCCGCGCGCAUGGCCAUCCGGAAGACGUGGGGUAGGGAGAUGACGGUGAGGGGGAGGCAGGUGAGGGCCUUCUUCCUCCUGGGGGCCACGGCCAGCCCGGAGCAGAUGGCCGCGGUGGCCCGGGAGAGCCAGCAGUACGGGGACGUCAUCCAGAAAGACUUCAAGGACGUCUACUUCAACUUGACCUUGAAGACGCUGAUGGGCAUGGAGUGGGUCCACCACUUCUGCCUGCAGGCUGACUUUGUGAUGAAAACGGACUCGGACAUGUUCGUCAACGUCCACUAUCUGACCGAGUUGCUGCUGAAGAAGAACAGGACCACCGGGUUCUUCACUGGCUACUUGAAGCUGAACGAGUUCCCCAUCAGGAACAGGUUCAAUAAGUGGUUUGUGAGCAAGUACGAGUACCCCUGGGAUAAAUACCCGCCCUUCUGCUCGGGCACCGGCUACGUGCUGUCCAGCGACGUGGCCAGCCAGGUGUACAACGUCUCGGAGAGCGUGCCCUUCAUCAAGCUGGAGGAUGUCUUCGUGGGGCUGUGCCUGGCCAAGCUGAAGAUUCGGCCGCAGGAGCUGCACUCCCGGCAGACCUUCUUCCCCGAGGGGCUGCGCUUCUCCGCCUGCCGCUUCCGCACCAUCGUGGCCUGCCACUUCGUCACGCCCCAGGAGCUGCUGGCCUACUGGCAAGCCCUGGAGGGCGCCCGGGAGGAGGACUGUCAGACGGCGGCCUGAGGGAGCCUGCUGUGCCCCCAGACUUCCUCUGCUGUCCUCUGCGCAAACCAGAGGAGGCCCCUUCCCCUCCUCUGGCUGUUUCCCCUUCGCGCCCCCCCCCGCCCCGCCCGGGACAGCAGUCUGCAUCUCAGGGUCUGGCUGGUGACUUGUCUUUGACUGGCUGCAGACCUCUUCCGUGGGGCACUUCUGGUGUGUAAGGUCAGCCCCAAGCGCAGCAGGGCACAGUGUGGUGCACACGAGUCCAGCUGCCCAGGAUCCCAGAACACACAGCACGGACGCGGGCCUGGCCUCGGUCGGGACCCAGGGACGCAGCACGGUUGCAGGCCUGGUCUGGGCUCAGGACUCAGGACACAGCGUGGAUGGCAGCCCGACCUCGGUCUCCCUGUGUCUCUGGCUCCAGCCCAAGGCAGCUCAGCAGCACUGAUUUGUGACGCGGCCAAGAAACAGCCCAGCGCUGUGGUUUUGCGUCUCACCUGUCAUUUUCUCCCCCAGAUGUCUGCAUGAACCUCUUUUGCGGGGCUGGGUGAAGACUAGAGGCUCUUUGGCCAGGGCUGGUGCCUGGCCGCGGUGUCUGCGUGAGACGCAGAGGCCUGUCCGCCCGGAACCCCGAAGCACAGCUCUCCCCUCUCUCUCUCCUGUCUCCGGGCUGGGAGGGACAGUGGCGUGGGCCCAGCUCUCGCGGGAACGCAGGAACCGCUGCGGGGACAGCGCUCAGCUGCGGAGGAGGCCCGGCGUCCGCUCUGCACGGCUCUUCCCGUGUGUGCGCGUGCACGCCGGUGCGUGGCCACGCACACACAGCACCCUACUCAGAGGGCUCAGCUGGAAGAAGUGGGUUCUGGAACCCUGAGCUUGGAGCAGCCCUGCCCAGCUCAGUCCAGCAGCUGGCCGCCCCGAUGCGUCGUGGAUGGCGUCUGUCUGGCCGGAGGCCUGGGCCUGGGCUCGGCUGUCCGGCUGCGUUGGGGGGUGGGGGAGCGAGUGUAUCCCUGGUCCCCAGCCCUUGGCCUUGGGGACAGAUGAGGACAUUUUUCCCCACCUCUCCCUGCAGGGCACGGUGCCUGCCAUAGUAUUUCUCCAGACAAGCAGUGUUGUGUUCUUUAGGGAACAUGUUUCCGUGAUCCGGGACUGGAAGGGACCUGCUGUCGGCACAGCCCGGUCUUCUCUGGGGUAGGAUGGACGUGGAACCCAGAGAGGCCCGGGGGCUGGCCCAAGGCUGCACAGCACAAUCUCCUGCGGGGUGCGGUGUGGGUCCCCAGUUGAGGGGCGUGCUGGCAGUGACACCGGCUAGGUCCCGGGAGCUUUACUCCCAGCCAUCUGCAACAGGCCAUUUUGUGACCAAACACCACCGGCCUGGCCCUGGCAGGGCUCUCUGCGUUCUACCUCAGUGACACGUUCCCGGUGGCUCCCUCCGUAGGUGUGGAUGCGUGCGUGCGUGCAUGCGUGCCGACACCUGUGGUUUACAGUUACCAGCAAGACGGGUCAGGAGGAAGAACAGACACCCUGAGGUGACUCCGUGGGAAUGUAGCAGAUGCAGGAUGCAAGCCACAGAGUCACACCCAGGUCUCCCCCUCUUCCUCCCUCCCCCCGCCCCGCUCAAGCAGCUGAGGGGGGGCUGCUCCAGACGUACUUCCAGAACCCCCUCCGAGCCCCUGCUCUGUGCCUGCCUCUCCAGAUGGAGGGGAGGAAAGCUGGAGCCCCUGGCCAGCGCCUUGGCUUUGAACCAGAGGCCUAGGUCAUCUGAUCUCCUGGCCCACCUUCCCCGUGGCCCCGCCCACCCCACCCACCGCCCCGCCCACCCGCAGCCUUUCCCAGCACACAGCCAGCUGCCGCCCCUUCCCCCACGCCCUGCCCUCACAGCCGGAGCUGAGGGUGCCCCCCCCAGAUGGCAGUGCAGGGGUGCUGGGAGGUGGGGUGGUGAGAGGUCGGGAGGUGGUGGAGCUCUGUUCUCUAAUGGUAUCACAGCAGGAGGUAACACUAGAGUGGGUUGCUAUAAAAGCCAGUCUGAGCUGGGCACCAGUGGCUCACGCAUGUCAUCCUAGCUACUCAGGAGGCUGAGAUCUGAGGAUCACGGUUCAA